ACGUUACAGCCAUUAGCAGCACACUGCUGUAUUACCAGGGGGGAAAGCAGAGUGCGAAUGAGGGGAAUCUAUCCAAACAUCCUAUGACGGAAGCCUCUACAGCUCACACCAUGAGUGAGCUUCAAAAGCAGUGGGCAAAGGCGAGGCUCGGCAGCCAGGCGCUGGGGCAGCCGCCAGCAGAGAUACCGACCACAACUACGAUGCCCGAGUUCAACGAGGCGGACGAAGACAAAGAAAUGGCGGGGCCCAGUCCAGGCGGAUUUCCCUUUGACGACGACUCCUCAUCAGCGUCCUCUGUUUCAUCUACAGGAACUGUAAUUCCUUCUCCAGGGAGAGCUCUGUUUGCGCGACCACAGGGAUUUGCCAGUCGAUCCAUGGAUCCUAUACCCUGGACAACUUACUUUGAACGAGAACUCUUUCUCAAGGAGGAAGCUGGACCCGACAGUGGAAGCCGCACCAGUAACAAGAACAAGCCAGCAUCAAUAACCUACCACGCCUACCUCACCUCGCCAGUCGGCAAAGGUCCGCUCUUCGUCACGCACCACGGCGCCGGUUCCUCCGGCCUCUCCUUCGCCGUCCUCAGCUCCGAGAUCCGCAAACGUCUACCCAACGCCGGCAUCCUCUCCCUCGACGCACGCGGCCAUGGCUCAACCACGGUUACUGCCGCUUCUUCAGUUCCAGGUGAAGGAGAUGUGACCACAGGACAAGCACCACCAACGCCGCUAGACCUCAGCCUCUCCACCCUUGCCACCGACCUCUUCACCGUCAUCCAACUCACCCGUACCGCCAUGCACUGGCCCGAACUCCCACCCAUCAUCCUUGUAGGUCACUCCCUCGGCGGCGCCGUCGUCACCGAGCUCGCCAAAUCCUACCGUCUCGGCCCUUCUCUCCUCGGCUACGCCGUGCUAGACGUAGUCGAAGGUUGCGCCAUGGACGCCUUACAAAGCAUGCAAACCUAUCUCUCCACACGGCCGCAAGGGUUCGCCACUCUGAAGGACGGCAUCGACUGGCACGUGCGAUCGCGGACGAUCCGGAACUCGACGUCAGCCAGAACAAGCGUGCCCGGGCUUUUGGCGCCCGUGGAGGAGCUGCAGAGGCCGGAGCUGCAACAACUGCCAAGAGGGGUGGCGGGGACGGAGGGGACGGCGAAGCCGUGGCGGUGGAAGACGGAUUUGGCGGCGACGCAGCCGUUCUGGGAAGAUUGGUUUGUGGGGUUGAGCAAGAAGUUCUUGGAGGCCAGGGGGGGCAAGAUGUUGUUGCUUGCGGGAACGGAUCGGUUGGAUACUGAGUUGACUAUUGGGCAGAUGCAAGGUAAAUAUGCCCUGCAAGUGUUUCCCGAAGCGGGACAUUUCAUUCAUGAGGACUUGCCGGAGAAAACGGCGAUUGCACUUGUGGACUUUCAUCGGCGCAACGACAGGAGUCAACUAGUACUCCCACCCAAGGUCUCGGAUCUGUUGGCUCAAGGGAAGAAAGUAUAA